ACUCUCGGUGUUCGCCAUAUUGGAGUCUCCGUACCCCAGGCUAGCAGUUUUAGCAGAGCUCAGGGCCCGGUUGGUCCUGUUCUCGGUCCGUGUCGGCUCUCGGUCUCUCCGGGGUGUGUGUGUCUGUUGGUGCGGCGGGCCGGUGGAUGCGCGCGGGCGGCUGGCCGGUUGUCCGGGGUCGGUGUCGGGGCUGAGCGGCGGCUCGCCGGCGGGCUGAGUGAGUGAGUGAGUGAGUGUGGGGGUCGGUCGGGAGGAGGGAAGGAGAAGGUGAAGUUUGGAUGGAUCCGAGGGUCGCCUGGAUUCAGCCGGAGCAGAAGGGACCUGCCAACGCGCUGUGGAUGCGUGUGUGGGAAACCUCUCAGGGAAUCCGGCCCGGCUCCGGCAACAACCACCACCAACACCACCAUCACCAUCAUCACCACCACCACCAUCAUCUUCAUCACCACCACUACGGCCGCCUGCACGGGAAAAACGCAGCACCGGCCAGAGACGCGUGUAACGUGAACGCUAUCGACCCUUUGGCCCUUUCUUCUUCUUCUUCUUCUUUUUCUUCUUCUGCUGCUGUUACUACUGUUAAUACCGCUGUUAACUCCUCCAGCACUGCUGCUCAUCCCCACCACCAUCAGCACCACCACCAUAGCAAUGCUAACGGCGCCGCGAUUACCGGUGCGGCGAUAUUAUCGAACGAUAUCAGCAACGAUAUCAAGUCACUAACUAAAACCGGGGAGAAUGGGGACGGCAAGACUUCCUCAGCACCUUCUCCCUCUGCACAAACCAGUACGGAUAGCCCUUCUUUAUCCAGCUCCUCUACACUAAGGACUAACGAAGUGUCCUCCACCGCCAACACUGGAAACAUGAACCAGAACUCCGGGAGCUCCAGCGCCAGCUUUUUGCUCAACUUUCAUGAGAACAUGUUAAACAGUUUUAAUGUCAACACCAACCAGCACCAUCACUACCAACAACAUCCUCCUCAUCAACAUCCUCAUCAUAACCCUCCUCCUCUUCUUCCUCCUCAUUCGCGGCAUUCCCAGCAGGAACAGCGGCAGUACGCUGCCACCGCCCAGCAGGACUCCAUCAAGCGCCACCAGUACCACCACCCCACAGGCCUCAGCAAUCACCUCCACCAUCACCCCGGGCGGAGGAAAAGUGACAACAAGGCCAGCACUUAUGGCUUCAACUGCUUACUGUCCGACUGUACUAAUGGAAACCAUGUGAACUCUGGCACACCGUGGAAGACCAGGUCGUACAGCCCAGGAGUCAACGGGCUUCACGAGGAGAUUAUAGACUUCUACAACUUCAUGUCCCCUCGGCCUGAAGAGGCCACCAUGAGACAAGAGGUGGUGGACCGAAUAGAAUCUGUCAUCAAGGAGCAGUGGCCAAGUGCUGACGUUCAGAUAUUUGGCAGCUUUAGCACUGGACUCUACCUCCCCACCAGUGACAUUGACCUGGUGGUGUUCGGGAAGUGGGAGAGACCCCCUUUACAGCAGCUGGAGCAGGCCCUCCGAAAAAACAACGUGGCAGAGCCGUACUCCAUCAAAGUACUCGACAAAGCUACGGUACCAAUUAUCAAACUGACAGACCAGGAAACCGAGGUGAAAGUGGACAUCAGCUUCAACGUGGAGACUGGGGUCAAAGCCGCCCGCUUCAUUAAAGAUUAUGUGAAGAAGUACACCGUGCUGCCUUACUUGAUCUUCGUUCUGAAGCAGUUCCUCCUGCAGAGAGACCUGAAUGAAGUCUUUACAGGAGGCAUCAGCUCCUACAGCCUCAUCCUGAUGGUUAUCAGCUUUCUGCAGCUACACCCACGAUUUGAUCCCCGGAUUCCAAACACAAACCUGGGUGUUCUGCUCAUUGAGUUCUUCGAGCUGUACGGCAGACAUUUUAACUACCUGAAAACAGGUAUCAGGAUAAAGAACGGCGGUGCGUACAUGGCUAAAGAAGACAUUAUGAAGGCCAUGAGCAACGGCUACAGACCCUCCAUGCUCUGCAUAGAGGACCCUCUGCUUCCAGGUAACGACGUGGGCAGGAGUUCAUAUGGAGCCAUGCAUGUGAAGCAUGUUUUUGACUAUGCCUACAUCGUCCUCGGCAAUGCGGUGUCUCCUCUCGCCAACUCCUAUCCCAACAAAGACAGUGACAGCACUUUGGGACGCAUCAUUAAGGUCACGCAGGAGGUGAUCGACUACAGGGAGUGGAUCGUUCAGAAGUGGGGCAGCAAGCAGGUUUCCCGUCCCGAGAGAAACGGUGGUCCAGUUCAUAAAGACUCUGUGGACCAGGCUGAACACGGCACUCUGCUGGGUGUAGGUGUGGGUGCAGAAGAGCCUCCCCAGAGGGACUCUGUCUCUCCAAACAGCGCAGACUCCCCUAUGUCUCUGUCCAGCCCCCAGCAGCAGUCCUCUGCCUCCUCACUGUCCGGCAGUGAUAUCGACUCUGACUGCACACCCUCUGCGGCUCCAGCUGUGACACCCUAUCCUCUGCAGACGCUGGCCCUGGGCACGCUGCCUACUGACCUGCAGAUGGGCACGAUCAAAGCUAACCUCAGCAUGCCACUCACAAUGCCACCGACCAACCAAGUAAGAGUAUCGAUGGCAGGGAAUCUUCCUAUCCACGUCUUACCAGGCAGACAGGCAGGUCCUAAGUUCCCCCUAAAGGGCUUCCACAACCCUGCAGUGGUGCACAGCCCAAGCCUGGCCAACCGCAACCACUUGCAGUACAACCGUAACCCAGGUCGCCGCCGGAAGAGGGACAGUUUACCGGCCAGCGUCAGCAGAUAAACCCCACAGCGCCCCUUACCUCCCUGCCUCCUGCCCCACCCUCACUCUCCUCUCAUCUCGUCAUUCCUCCUCCUAGUCAUUCAUCCUCUCUACUUUAUAUGCGAUUUAAGAUGAUGUGGACUUGACACUCCGCUAAACCCCUUGCUGGUGGGGUUCGGACAGAGAGACCAGCGGUUCCUGCCCCAGCUCUGUGCAGUAGCUGUGGUCAUGGUGGUGCUACUUUCACUCUACCACUUAAUCUCUGCAUGAUUCUUUCCUCUCUUUUUUUUUUUCUUUUUGUUUCUCUACCUGGACGAUGCCCACAAGGAUGCUUCCAAAACAGGACCGGUUCUGUCAUUAAUCACGUGAUUAUGUCGGUUUAAAGGAAAACUUCUUUAUUUUGUCUUAUACUCGUUAUUGCUGUUGCAUUUGUAAGUAUUAAGUUUGGCAUUUUGUCUUUGUUUUUUUUGGCCUUAACAUGAACACCAUCCUACAGAUGGUGGCUGUAGAUUCAGUGGAUUAUGUCUGUUGUGGUGUUUGUGCAGUAUCUCCGGGGUUAGGAAUUGUUCUACAGAGGUGAGAGAAAGGGAAGUAAGUGUGUGUUGAGUGUGUGUGGAACAGAGUGGGUCAUUUGUGCAAUAACUAAGUACUUUUUUUUCUUUCCCUAAAGUUUAUGUAUUUAUGUAUGACAUUUUUUAUAUAUUUUUAAAUGCUUUUAUUUUGUAGAGUUUUAAUUUUAAGUCUUCGUUGUUUUCCCUGUUUACAAAGGAGGAUCCACACAUUUAGCUUUACUUGCUACACUCAGAUGAUUUGAGGUGUGUGUGCAUGUGGGUUCGUGUGCGUUCGUUCAUUCCGUGGAAUGAUCACUCUACCUGCAGGUGGCGCCAUUUCCCCAAGAUUGGCAACUCUUGGAGCCCUCUGUCAGCUGUCUUUGUGUUUUUAAAGUUUAGUUUAUUUGGGUUUUCUGAAUGUGUGCGUGUGUUUGUAAGGGUGUGUAUAUAUGUGUGUGUGUGUGUGUGUGUGUCUUACUGACCUGGCUGGGCAUUUUGUGGCUUAAAGGAGGGGUUUGGAUGUACAACAAAAAUGUCAAAAGGGCAUGUUUGGUGUUCAAAUGGUGCAGGCUUUAUUACGUUAGCCUUGUAGCUCCAGUUUAAAUCUAACAAACACGUGUGUGUGUGUGUGCGUGUACUCUCAGUUUCCGCAAAACAUGUUAGAAUAAAUUACCGUAAGAACUAGGCCUGUCACAAUAAUCUUUUUUUUUUUUGUGGACGAUAUAUUGUCACAGAAAUUAUUGCAAUACACAAUAUUUUUUUGUAAAUUUAAGACAAUUAAAUGCCACUGACAUAAUGAUAACAGAAUAGCAUUAAAAAGUAAUUAUACAUUUUUUAAAUACAGCAAAAAUGAAAAUAAUCAUUUAUUAUAAUUAGUUUGGGAUUUAUAUACUUAUUUCUUCACCUACUUUAGUCCACUCUGUCUGUAUGGAGUCACAGUUAUUGAAGCAUGACUGUUCACUGUCAUAUGUGUAAACAAACGAUAUCACAAUUAUCAAAUGUUAUUGAGGUCAUGUUUAUUUAUUGUACAAUAAAAUGAUAUUGCAAUUAUUGUGACGGGCCUAGUAAGAACGUAUAGAGCUUAACUAGGUCUAGGUCUUCAUGGACUAGCAGACAAAGACAUUGACACUAUAGCCUGAGGAUCAUGCCAAUCUUAGGUCGUGCUGCUUUCCAUCAGCAGCUGGAGUCCGAGAGAGCGCUGUUGGCCAUGUUCUUUCAGAGGUCAGUAGAUGGCACUCCAGAUAGUGUAAAACCUAGUGUGAAAAAUAAAUAAAUAAAAAAAAUAAAAAAUAUUUUAAAAAUAUAUAUAAAUCUAAAAAAAAAAAAAAAACAAAUAGAACUGAAAUUGGGUGUAGCCAAAUAUUAAAACAUUUUUAUUCCUUCACAGAUUCCAACUUCUGUGGAUAUGUUUCAAGCUAGAUUCGAGAACAUUUGAAUAUAUAUUUCCAAGAAUAUUAUAUUUUCUUUGAAAUGAUUUCAGUGAAUAUUGGCUAUUGUUAACUUUGCUGCUCCAAUAUUAAAUUAAAUUAGCUGAAUUUGGACUUCAUUGAUGUCUUGGCUGAUGGACACAUAGUUUGUGGAACUUUUGAUGUGUCAACAAACCACUCCUUUAAAUUGGAGCAUUGCUAUGUGUGCUAAGUUCUAGAGCAGUCGAGCCUCUACACUAGGCCCGGUCUGUGUGUGUGAGUGUGUAAGUGUGUACGAGUCAGUGUGUGUGUGUGAGUGAGCGAUUCCCUUUCACAUUGCUGUAGUAAGUAAAGAGGGGAGGAGGGAGCCUGAAUAUGCAGCUAAUGCUGAGUGGCCUCUUAGGCAGUGCAACUUUAUGCAAAGUGUUCGCAUCAUUGGGCAGGUUUUGCAGGCACAGAUUAAUCCUAGGUUUGGACUGAAUUGCAGUGCUGAUAGUAUUUCCAUUACAGCCCCAUUCAGUCUGAGUUUAGGCCUAAUCUGUGUCUUAUUUUAUUUAAACCUGAUCCCUAGAAAUGUGCUUGGGCACCAAAUCAAAAGGAGAAGAUAUGGAGAAAGGGAAACUUACUAUGAUUCCUUUCUGGAAUCUUUAAUGUGCUUUUCCAGGUACUUACUGUAUUGUAUUGCCUUGCCAUUUUAUUUGUAAUAUAUGAAAAAAAAAAAUAUAUAUAUAUAUAGUUUUUAUUUUUGUUUUAUUCUUGUACUGUACUGUAUGGUUUCUGUCUGUAUAUGGCACACUAAACUGUAUUGCUGUUACUCGGAGCGUUACAGGCAUACAGGUUAUUGUUACUAUGCAAAGUGGAGUUUCUCUUGAGCCUCUCUUCGUUCGUCUGUCGUGACUGACUCUGGCGGCUUGAAGCCAGCAAGAAGAAAGAACUGGAGCAGAAGCACUCGCAGACCUGCAGACCAAGCAGGAUGCUCUGAUUGAUUUAGCUGGCUGAUCAAGGUACACGUGAACAGUUCCUGUAUGCAACUUAAGUCUGUUUUCAAAAAAAAGAAAAAAAAAAUGAUAAAAAAAGAGAAAAAUAUCUUUAAAAAAAUUAUUAUCCAGCUUCCACUGCUGCUCUGAACUGUUUUACAUAGCAGCAGUGGGAUUGUGCUCUCUCUCAUGUGCGCACACUCUUACUUUCACUUUCUUGCCUUUUUCCUCUCACACUUCUCCUGCUUCAAUUUAUUCUUUUUCUGUUUGCUUUCAUCCUUUUUUUUUUUGCCCCUGUUAUGCACUUUUGUUUUUCUGUCUCAUUUUUAGCCUUUCUUAUUCUCACUCUUUUGCCUCACUUGUUCACUUUUCUCUUGUUUUUAUUUUCCUGUCCUUUUUAUCUCUCCCUUGCUUUUGUUUUUUCCACUCCAUCACUUUCUCUUCCAGUUUCUUUUGUUCUCUCUUUCUUAUUCACUUUGUUAUUGUCAUGCUUUUACAUCCUUCUCUUUUGUCCUGUUGUUUUGCUCUUCCUUUACUUUCUUUCUUUCAUCUGUCUUUCACCCUUUUAACUUAUACUUUUUCUUUCUCUUGCAGUUUCUCAGUCCUGUUCUUGCGCUCUCAUUUUAUCCUGCACUUGCUUUAUUUAUUUAUUUUUUUGCUUUCUCGCUCUUUCUCGCUUUUUUUUUUUUUUUUUUUUUGCCCUCUCACGCUUUUUUUUUUCCUCAAACAUUUUUUUUUUUCACUUUUGUUCAGUCUCAUUUUCUGCCUUUCUUAUUCUCACUCUUCUGCCUCACUUGUUCACAUUUCUCUUAAUUUCAUUCUUGUCUCUCACCCUUUUUCUCAUUCCUGCUCUUUCUCUUGCAGCUCUCUUUUCUCCCUCUCUUGCUAUAUAUAUUUUAUAUUUCUUUUAUUUUUCUUUGUGCUUUUGCAGGCUUUUUCUUUUUCUUUCUCACGGUUUCCGUUUCUCAUUCUUUCUCUCUCUCUCUCUAUCUCUCGCUGUAACCAUGUUUGUGGCAACUGCCAAAAAAAAGCAGAAUCUGGAUGCCUCCUCUGUAUGGAAUGACUUUUGCUGUCACAAAAACGUGUCUGUGAAGUGCUUUUACGAGGUCAUACCCGUCACACAGAGACUUUACACCACACACACCGAGUCUAACAGCAGGAGUGUCCUUUUAACCCGACUUUCCCGCCUAUCAAUGCAAUAUGGCAAAUAGAAGCAUACCUGCAGAAUCUGCUUUUAGGUAGAUCCAGCAUCUUUGCCAGUGUUCCAACACUGAGCUGCUUCUUUAUUACGCUUGUUCUAUCUACCAGCUCUUUAUCAGACACACAGACUGGCUGGUGUGUGUUGGUGUUGGAUCGUGGGUUUCGCCUCGGCGGCCGCGUACUGUUAUCUCCAGUGUGACUCUCCCUGUUUGAUGUCGGUGACCGAUUUUAAAUGUACCUUUUUCUUUUUUUUCUUUUUUUUGCUGACGUCUGUAAUUUUGCAGUGGCCAAAAGCACUCCAGAACUCGUCAGUCUCGAUACAGAAAGCCCUCGAAGCAUCCGAGGUCAUGUGGAGGACUUAGGUUUUCCCUUUUUCUUGUUUUUCUUUAAUAUUUUUAUGUACUUUCUUUUCUAUUUUAUUUUUUAAAUAAAAGUCUCAAAACCGUC